AUGGAUAACAAUAUUGAAGGUUCAUCAAAUUUAUCAUCUUCAAGCUCUGAUGAUGAUAACUAUGCAGAAAGUUUUACUGUAAGGCAACAACUGAUCGCUCAGGUGAUUUCUACCAAUAAUCAAAUUGCCUUAAAUUAUCUCAAUGAAGGAAGCAACAAAAGCAGGCAUCGAGGCUCAAUUCCUGGUCAUAAGAUGAUCAAUCGUAAUCGUGAAGCUGCUAAUCGUAAUCUAUUCAAUGAUUAUUUCGCCGAAAAUGCAUUGUAUAAUGAUGCAAUGUUUCGAAGAAGAUUCAGAAAGGGACGGAAUUUAUUUAUGCGUAUCUGUGAUACUGUUACUAAUCAUGACAACUAUUUUAUACAGAGAAGAGAUGAGCUUGGAAGACUUGGUUUGUCAAGCUUGCAAAAAAUAACAGCUGCAUUUCAGAUAUUAGCAUACGGUGUACCAGCAGAUGCUACUGAUGAGUACAUUAAAAUAGGGGAAUCAACUGCUAUUGAAAGUGUGAAACGAUUUUGUCGUGCCGUUGUUGAAGUUUUUGGAGGGCAGUACCUACGAUCUCCAAAUGCUCACGAUGUUGCUAGGCUACUUCAUAUUGGUGAGCUACGAGGUUUUCCAAGUAUGUUAGGUAUUACAAUUCCUGCUCAUUAUGUCAUUCAAGGAAAAGAGUACAAUAUGGGUUACUAUUUAGCUGAUGAUAUAUAUCCAAAAUGGUCAACACUUGUUCAAACGAUUCAUGCUCCACAAGGUCGAAAGAAUAAAUUAUUUGCAAUGAAGCAAGAAGCGUGUAGAAAGGAUGUUGAGCGAGCAUUUGGCGUGCUCCAAUCAUGCUUUGCAAUUGUUGCAGGACCUUCACGUUUUUGGCAGAAAAAUAUUUUACAUGAUAUACUGACAUCAUGUAUUAUUAUGCAUAAUAUGAUAAUUGAAGAUGAACGUGAUUUAAAUGCACCAAUCGUGGAACACUUUGAGGUGCUGACUCCAGAUGUUGAGCCCGCAGGAGAUGAUGAUACUCGAUUUGAAGAGUUUUUAGCUCGAUACAGACAAAUCAAAGACAAAGAAGCUCAUAUUGCCCUUCGAAAUGCAUUAAUUGAGCAUUUAUGGGAACAAUAUAGUAAUUCUGAAAGUUAA